AUGGACCAAAAGAAUCAAACAAAAUGCAGCAUAUGUUAUAAGAUUUUACCUUACAACAGUUCGACCAGUUCAAUGCAAUCCCAUUUAUCAAUUGAUCAUUGCAUUAAUUCUAAAAUAUCUAAAAAAUCAACAACUUUACUCAACGAUAACGAUAUAUCCGAUAUUGAGAGCGGUAAUGAGAAUGGUUUUGAAGAGACUGGUCAUAAAAAAUUAAACAGGUUAUUGGUGAAUUUUAUUGUUGGUACCGAUCAGCCGAUUUCGAUAGUACGUCAUCCAGACUUUGUAAACUUAGUUAGUGAGUUAAACAAAAGCUACAAAAUGCCUUGCAUAAAUACGGUGAGCAAGAAAUUAAUUCCAUCAAUUACGGACAAUCUUAAAUCAAUUUUAAUGCUAGAAUUGAAGGGAUGUCGUUUCAUUACAAUUACUUGUAAUAGUUGGUCAUCAUUAGGUAAAAACAGCUACCUCGGUGUGACUUGUCAUUUUAUUGACAAAAAUAUGACUCUAGUUGACCGAAACCUGGAUCUUAAGUUUAUGUCUGAAAUGAAAACAGCUGAAUAUUUAUUUAAUACGUUAAACGAAAUCUUCAGUGAAUGGUCAAUCAAUAAUAAGAUUUUUGCACUAGUUACUGACUCAGGUGCAAAUAUUUUCUCUGCAGUAAAUAAAUUUGAUGAUAAUGUUCUUAAGAUUCCGUGUGCUCGUCAUCGUUUGAAUCUCGUGGUUAACGAUCUUCUAAACGCACGAGAUAUAAAAGUAAAAAAAUUUAAAAAUGGGUCAAAGCGUUACCAAGUAAAAGAUUACGACGGUAAUGGAAAACUAAUUAAUAGAGAAAUUACAGAAAGUGAAGUUAAAGAAAUUGAAAAAAUUAACGAAGGCAAAUUAGAAAUCGCCAAGGUAAUUUUAUCCUGCAGGCACAUUGUUGGUUCAUUUAAGCAUUCAGAGAUGUUACAAAAAAAGUUAAAAGAAGUUCAAGAAACACUUCGUUAUGAAACUAAAAUAAAGUUAGUACAGGAUAUAGCUAUUCGCUGGAAUAGCCAAUUCGAUAUGAUUGAAUCUAUAUUAACAAAUAAAACUGCAUUGGGUAUGAUAAGCAUCGAAUUCCAAAAUAUAAAAGACUAUCUUCCCACUGCUACUGAAUUUAAGGUGCUGGAGGAUUUGUGUGAUUUGUUACACCCAAUUAAAGAGCUAACAAAACUUUUUAGCGGAAAGAAAUAUGUUACAGUAACAUUCCUGUUUCCAACAAUGUAUUCUCUACUAAAUGAAAUACUUGAAUCGCAACCUAUUUUUACAGAACUAGUUAAGACUUUUCAAAAGGAAUUAUUAAGGUCUCUAAAAGGACGUUUUAAAUACAUUUUUGCUAAUGAUUUUUUUUAG